AUGGAAAAGCUAUCUUUUGGAACAAUGUCAGGGAAGGCAAAAGUCUUUGGAACGUUAAUGGGAAUAGGUGGUGCAAUGCUGUUCACAUUUUACAAGGGAGGACAAGUUAACAUUUGGAGAACACAUAUUAACCUUUUAAAUCACCAUGGGGCACCUUCUUCACAUCCAGGCUUUUCCCAUACUCUGUUGGGAACCUUGCUGGCUGUUGCCUCCUGCAUCAGUUACACCCUUCGUGUUGCCUCCGAAGAACAUACAGUACUUCUUACAGAAGCACCACUCAACCCUAGGGCUAAUAGGGAGAAGAUAUGCUUGAAACAUUCAAUGUGCCUGCUAUGUAUGUUGCUAGUUAGACAGUUCUUUUACUUUACGCCAGUGGUCGUACAACAGGUAUCUAUUUAUAGCUUAGAUAACUGGUUUUGGCUGUAUUAUGGGGUCACUGACUAUGAAAUAAGUUUAGCUGUACAGUCACUUGGCAUUGUUCAUUGA